AUGGGCGGUCCUCAGCAAAUCUCUAUGAAGAGAGACUCCCUCUUCAACCUCUCGAACCGCGUUGCACUCGUUACGGGUGGUGGUUCGGGGAUAGGUCUCAUGGCAGCCCAGGCGCUGGCCGUCAACGGAGCCAAAGUGUACAUCACAGGUCGCACCAAGGAGAAGCUAGACACCGUGGUCUCCAAAUAUGGCCAGGAUAUCGCGGGUGAGCUGAUCGCGGUAACGUGUGACGUCACCCAGAAGCAGUCCGUCUCCGAGCUGUACGACUACAUCUCGAGCCGCGAAAAUGCCUGCGAAGCUUUUCAGCGCGCGGAUAAGUCCAACUACGAGGACUGGGCCGCCGUGUAUAGCACCAACACAUCGGCAGCUUACUUCGUCACCACGGCGUUCCUACCGCUGCUCAACUACAGCACGGAGAAGCACGAGGGCUGGUCAGGCAUGGUGAUCAACAUCUCCAGCGUCAGCGGCCGCAUCAAGACGGGACAGCACCAUUACUCAUACAAUGCGUCCAAAGCCGCCACGACACACUUGACCCGCAUGCUCGCGUCGGAUUUCCUGACCAACGGGGUUCGGAUCCGUGUCAAUAGCAUCUCUCCUGGCCUCUUCCCCAGUGAGAUGACGACGGAUGGGAGCGAUGAGCAGCAAAAGAGCCAUCUUUCCAAGGAGAGCGGGAGUGAUUCUCCUGCCGAGAGGCCGGGCAAGGACGAGGAUAUGGCGGCCGCGGUUCUUUUCUGCGCGGCCAACCAGUUCCUGAAUGGGCAGGACGUGACGGUUGAUGGGGGAUGUCUCUUUCAAAAGGUUGUUGAAGGGGCUACUACGUGA